GGCGCGGCGGAGAUGAGCGCCGGUGGCCCCGGGCCCAGGGCGGCGCGGCCGGAACGGGUAGAGGGGGUCCCGAUGCAGGCCCGACGUGGGCCAUGGGGCAGGUCCUGCCGGUCUUCGCCCACUGCAAAGAAGCUCCAUCCACAGCCUCUUCUACCCCAGAUUCCACAGAAGGAGGGAACGACGACUCGGAUUUUCGAGAACUCCACACAGCCCGAGAGUUCUCGGAGGACGACGAGGAGGAGACCACGUCGCAGGACUGGGGCACCCCCAGGGAGCUGACUUUUUCCUACAUCGCCUUCGACGGCUUGGUGGGCUCCGGGGGUCGGAGGGAUUCCACUGCCCGUCGCCCUCGGCCCCUGGGACGCUCGGUUUCCGAACCCCGAGACCCACCCCCGCAGCCGGGCCUGGGGGACAGCUUGGAGAGUAUCCCCAGCCUGAGGCAGUCCCCAGAGCCUGGACGUCGUGCUGACCCUGACGCCGUCCCCGCUGCGGAGCGUCCACUGGAGGACCUGAGGCUCCGUUUGGAUCAGCUGGGCUGGGCUGCUCGGAGUGUGGGAUCUGGGGAGGAUUCGGCCACCAGCAGCUCCACGCCGUUGGAGGACGAGGACCCAGAUGGAGUGGAAGCCCAGGAGGCUGGGGAAGAACAAUUCCCACUUGCUCGGUUCUCACCACCCGAGGCAUUGACUACUCAACCUGGCCCAAGCUCUGGGACUCCCGAAGCUCCUACCCCACCCCCACCCCAAUCGCAAGAUUCGAACUCUGGGUCCGACGAGCCCUUACUGGCGGAGGAGGAAGAGCCGUGGGGGCCUUUGGAGCGGGAGCCAAUCACAGGACAGUGCCUCGGUAGCUCGGACCAAUCAGAAUUAACAGUGGAGCUACGCCUUCUAGGAACUGCCACGGAUUGGUUAAAGACCUUCUUGGAUGUUUACGAAGUUCCAAGUUUGGAGUUGUCCCCACCUCUCUGGACAGCCAUUGGUUGGGUACGAAAAGGCCCCUCCCCUCGUACCCCCCCCCAAGUCCCACUGAAGUGGGCAGAAUCCCCGAAGCAGAGGUGUCCCCGCAGCUUAUCUCUCUCGGAAUCGGAGAUGGAGGGUCAAGUGGCGGACCUGCUCUACUGGAAGGACAGCAGGACGUCCGGAGCCGUGUUCACGGGCCUCAUGGUCUCCCUCCUCUGCCUCCUGCACUUCAGCAUCGUGUCCGUGGCCGCCCACCUGGCUCUGCUGGGGCUCUGUGCCACCAUCUCUCUCAGGGUUUACCGCAAAGUGCUGCAGGCUGUGCACCGCGGCGAUGGCGCCAACCCCUUCCAGGCUUAUCUGGACAUGGACUUGACCCUGACUCGGGAACAGACGGACCGUCUGUCCCAGCAGAUCGCCUCCCACGUGGUCUCUAUGGCCACCCAGCUGCGGCAUUUCUUCCUGGUGGAAGACCUAGUGGAUUCCCUCAAGCUGGCUCUCCUCUUCUACAUCUUGACUUUUGUGGGUGCCGUCUUCAAUGGAUUGACUCUUCUCAUUCUGGGGGUGAUCGUCUUGUUCACAGUCCCUCUGCUGUACAGACAGCACCAGGCCCAGAUCGACCAGUAUGUGGGGCUGGUGACCAGUCAGUUGAGCCACAUCAAAGCUAAGAUUCGAGCAAAGAUCCCAGGGACCGGCGCCCUUGCCUCAGCAGCAUCUGCAGUCUCCGGGUCCAAAGCCAAAGCCGAAUGAGGUGUCUCUGCCUGAGGGACGCCUGCCCCCAACCCCCGCCCACCCCAGCAGUCCUCCCGUUCUUCUUCAUUUCCCGGCUACCACUCACACCCUCUCCCAUUCUGGGUCCGAGCCAUUUUCCUGUGGGUGUGAGCAUCACUCCCACGAGGGAGUCUGCAAUUUGUCUGAGAGGUCAGGACUACAUUUCCCAGAGGCGCUGCUGUAGGAGUCCAGGAAAAGCGAUGCGCCUUCGUCGCUCGGCCUGCUGGGAGUUGUAGUUUGAAUAGACAGGGCACCGCCCUGCACUUUCGACACUCAGCCGCUGGAGGCGCUGUGAGGAAGGGUUGGUGCCUCCAGAGAUCACCAAUCCCAAUGCUGGGGCUUUGCAUGGGGCCCAGAGGAGCCCUGAGCCUGGAUUUACACUGUAAUAAAGACUCCUGUGGAAAA